GCUGGGAGGUGACACCGGAGCCGUUCCCGAGCGAGGGCCGAAGAUUCCUGGGGCGGAUCCGGCCGGGACCGGGACCCCACCAAGAUGGAGCCCGAGGAGGACACUCGCGAGAUCCUCCUGCCCAACUGGGAGGGCAGCGGCUCCCACGGCAUCACCAUCGCCCAGACUGACCACGGCGUCUUCGUCCGCUGCGUCCAGCAGAACUCUCCGGCCGCUCGCAUGGGCGUGGUCAAGGAAGGGGAUCAGAUCGUCAGCGCCACCGUGUACUUCGACAAGCUGCAGUCGGGGGAGGCGGCGCAGCUGCUGCAGAGCAUGGGGCAGCACACGCUGGGGCUGCGGCUGCAGCGCCGCGGGGACCGCACCGGACACGGCUGUGACCAGCUCGGCCUGGCACCCGGCAGCCCCGAGGUCGUGCUGAGCGGUGAUGAUGAGGAGUACCAGCGCAUCUACACCACCAAAAUCAAACCGCGGCUCAAAUCCGAGGAGGGUGCAGAGGCCGAGGCCGGGGGGACGCAGAGCAGAACCAUCACGGUCACCCGCAGGGUCACCGCCUACACCGUGGACGUCACCAGCCACGACGGCGACCUCAGCGUCACCGACCUCAACGUCCGCAUCCCCACGCCCGAGCUCGGGACGCCUGAGGGGCUUCACCUGCCCCAGAGCCAAAAUCCUGCUGGAGAAACUGGAAAAUCCCUCCCGGGCUGGAAAGGCCCCAGCGCCUCGGCGGGGUCGCCGCGGAUCGAGGCCAAUGGACAGUUUGGGGAGCUGGACGGGUCAUUCCACGCCACGGGUCACGUGUCCGGCGGGGCUCCGUGUCCACAGGGGGAGGUCACUGUCUCAUCCCCGCCCGGGGAUGUGGGGAAAAUCAAGAUCCCGGCGUUAAAAAUCCCCAAAUUCGGGUUCCAGGCUGGCGGUGAAGCCCCACAGGUGGACGUGGGAAUGGACGUCACCUGCUCGGCCGUUCCCUCCCCGUCCGGCAAGGCCCCAGUGCCGCAGGUGGACAUGGCAGUCAAAAGUGCCACCAAGGUCCCCUCCCCUCCGCUGGAUGUCCCCAGUGUGGAGCUCCCGGACGGUGCCAAGGGGAAAAUCAAAAUCCCGCACUUGACCUUCCCCAAAUUCACAGCCCAGGGCGAUGGAGCCACCGUGGAGGCACCCAAGGGCGUGGCCGUCCCCGAGGUGGAAGGAGAAUGGAAAGGCCCCACCUUCAAGAAGGUGGAAACGCCCCAAAUUUCGCUGUCGGACGUGACCCUGAACCUGAGGGGCCCCAAAGGGGAAGGGGACCUGACAGGACUCGGCCCCAAGGGGCUCCAGGUGGACGUGGCCGGGCCAGGGGGUGGCCUGAAGGGCGUGGAGAUGGAUGUCAGCAUGAAGGGCUUGAAGGGAGGAGUGGACGUGUCCGUGCCGAGCGUGGGGGCAGAAUUGAGGCAGCCUCAACUGGACCUUAAAGGGCCCCAAAUUGGGGUGGAGGUGCCUGGAGUGGACAUCAAAGGCCCCACGGUGAAGGUGCCUGAGGUGAGCGUCAAGAGCCCCCAAAUCUCCGUGCCCGACGUCGACCUGAGCCUCAAAGGGCCCGGAGUGAAGGGAAAUCUGGAUGUUUCUGCCCCAAAACUGGAAGGGGAGCUGAAGACCCCUGGACUGGACAUCAAAGGCCCCAAAGUGGAGGUUGGGAGCCCAGAAAUGGAGAUCCACGGGCCCGAGGGCAAACUGAAAUUCCCCAAACUGAAAAUGCCCAAAUUUGGGGUGAAGGGAGAGAGCCCCGACCUGGAGGUGACGCUGCCCAAAGAGGGGGUGGACGUCUCCGGCCCCAAGGUGGACAUCAGCAUCCCCAGCGUGGACAUCAAGGGCCCCAAAGUGGACAUUGAAGCACCUGAUGUUGACGUUCAUGGCCCUGAGGGAAGAUUCAAAAUGCCCAAAUUCAAGAUGCCCAAAUUUGGGAUGCCCGGGGUGAAGGCAGAAGGGCCCGAGGUGGACGUGAACGUCCCCAAAGCCGACCUGGAGGUGUCCGGCCCCAAGGUGGAUGUUGAGGCACCGAGCUUGGACAUCCAGGGGGCUGAAAUGCACCUCAAUGCCCCCAAAAUCUCUGUGCCGGACACUGCCCUGACCCUGAACGGUGCCAAGGCCAGCGGUGACCUGGACCUGUCCGUGCCAGGUUUGAAGGGCCCCGAGCUGGACAUCAAAGGCCCCAAAGUCGAGGUUGCGGCCCCAGAGUUGGACGUCCAAGGGCCUGAAGGCAAACUAAAGUUCCCCAAACUGAAAAUGCCCAAAUUUGGGGUGAAGGGAGAGAGCCCCGACCUGGAGGUGACCCUUCCCAAGGGCAGAGUGGACGUUUCGGGUCCUGGCGUGGCUGUUGAGGUCCCCGGCGUGGACAUCAAAGGCCCCACGGUGAAGGUGCCCGAGGUGAGCAUCAAAACUCCCCAAAUCUCCAUGCCCGACAUCGACCUGAACCUCAAAGGGCCCAAAAUCAAGACAGAUUUGGACGUUUCCUCCCCAAAAGUGGAAGGGGAGCUGAAAACCCCCGGGCUGGACAUCAAAGGCCCCAAAGUCGAGGUUGCAGCCCCAGAUUUGGACAUCCAGGGGCCCGAGGGCAAACUGAAGUUCCCCAAACUGAAAAUGCCCAAAUUUGGGGUGAAGGGAGAGAGCCCCGACCUGGAGGUGACGCUGCCCAAGGGGGAGGUGGAGGUUUCUGCUCCCAGGGUGGACAUCGAUGUCCCAAGCAUGGACGUGGAAGGGCCAGAGGUCAAAGGGAAAGGCCUCAAGUUCAAAAUGCCCGAGCUCAACGUUCAGACCCCAAAACUCUCCAUGCCAGACGUGGAUCUGGGCUUGAAGGCCCCGAAACUGAAAGGGGACGCUGGAAUUCCUGGGCUUAAGGGCCCCAAAAUCGACGUGAAAGGCCCCAAAGUGGACAUGGAAGGUGCCAAAAUGGACGUGAAGGGUCCCAGGUUGGAUGUGGAAGGUCCCAAGUUGGAUGUGGAAGGUCCCAAGUUGGAUGUGGAUGUGCCUGAGGUGGACUUGGAAUGUCCAGAAGGGAAGAUGAAAGGCCCCAAGUUCAAGAUGCCAAAACUCAACAUCAAAUCCCCCAAAAUCUCGAUGCCGGAUGUGGAUUUAAACCUGAAGGGACCCAAAGUGAAGGGAGAGGUGGACGUGUCCCUCCCCAAGGUCGAGGGUGACAUCAAGGGGCCAAAGGUGGACGUGGAGGUCCCGGAUGUCCACCUGGAGGGUCCAGAGGCCAAACUGAAAAUGCCCAAAAUGAAAUUGCCUCAUUUCAACGUGUCCGGCCCCAAAGUGGAAGGGCCUGAGGUGGACGUGACCCUGCCCAAGGGAGAGGUGGAGGUGUCUGGGCCGGAGGUGGACAUUGAGGGACCCGAGGUGGACAUUGGAGGAGCGGAAGGGAAAUGGAAGGGUCCCAAAUUCCGGAUGCCAAAGCUGAACAUCAAAUCCCCCAAAAUCUCGAUGCCGGAUGUGGAUUUGAACCUGAAGGGACCCAAAGUGAAAGGAGAGGUGGACGUGUCCCUCCCCAAGGUGGAAGGGGACGUGAAAGUGCCAGAAAUGGACAUUAAAGGGCCAAAAGUGGAUGUUGAGAUGCCCGGGGUGGCUUUGGAGGGUCCUGAGGGGAAGAUCAAAGGCCCCAAGUUCAAGAUGCCCGAGAUGCACAUAAAGACCCAGAAAAUCUCCAUGCCCGAUGUGGACAUCAACCUGAAGGGCCCCAAGGUCAAGGGCGACGUGUCAAUCCCAAAGCUCGAGGGUGAACUGAGGGGCCCAGAACUGGACAUCAAAGGCCCCAAAGUGGACAUUGAGGCCCCCGAUGUUGACAUUCAUGGGCCUGAGGGAAAAUUCAAGAUCGUGGACAUUGAGGGCCCAGAGGGGAAGAUCAAAGGUCCCAAGUUCAAGAUGCCCGAGAUGCACAUCAAAGCACCCAAAAUCUCCAUGCCUGACCUCGACGUGAACCUGAAGGGCCCAAAAGUCAAGGGGGGUGUCGAUGUUUCUGUCCCCAAAGUGGAGGGUGAGCUGAAGGGUCCGGAUGUGAAUGUGAAAGGUCCGAAGUUGGAUGUGGAUGUUCCUGAGUUGGAUGUUGAAGGUCCCGAGGGGAAGUGGAAGGGACCCAAGUUCAAGAUGCCAGAGAUGAACAUCAAAGCGCCAAAAUUUUCUCUGCCUGAUGUUGACCUGAACCUAAAAGGUCCCAAACUGAAGGGAGAAGUGGGAGUGUCUGCCCCAAAAAUUGAAGGUGAUGUGAAAGUGCCGGAUCUGGAGUUGAAAGGCCCCAAAGUGGAUGUGGAGGUCCCCGACGUGGAGCUGGAGAUGCCCGAGGGGAAGAUCAAAGGCCCCAAAUUCAAGAUGCCCGAGAUGCACAUCAAAGCCCCCAAAAUCUCCAUGCCCGACUUUGAUCUGAACCUGAAAGGCCCCAAACUGAAGGGAGACGUGGAUGUGUCUGCCCCAACAAUCGAGGGAGAUUUGAAGGCCCCAGAUGUCGACAUCAAAGGCCCCAAAGUUGAUGUCAACCUCCCCGACAUGGACCUGGAGUGCCCUGAGGCGAAGCUGAAGGGCCCCAAGUUCAAGAUGCCCGAGAUGCAUUUCAAAACUCCCAAAAUCUCCAUGCCCGACAUCGAUCUGAACCUGAAAGGCCCAAAACUCAAGGGGGACGUCGACGUUUCUGCCCCCAAACUGGAAGGUGACCUGAAAGGUCCUGAACUGGACAUCAAAGGGCCCAAACUGGACAUCGAAGCUCCUGAUGUGGACAUUGAUCUCCCAGAGGGGAAGGUGAAGGGCCCCAAGUUCAAGAUGCCCGAGAUGCAUUUCAAGGCCCCCAAAAUCUCUAUGCCCGACUUUGAUCUGAACCUGAAGGGCCCCAAAGUCAAGGGGGACGUCGGUGUGGCUUUACCAAAGCUCGAAGGGGACCUGAAGGGCACGGAGAUGGAAUUGAAAGCACCAAAGGUGGAUGUCGAAGUUCCUGACGUGGAGCUGGAGUGUCCAGAGGGGAAAGUGAAGGGCCCUAAGUUCAAGAUGCCCGAGAUGCACAUCAAGGCCCCAAAAAUCUCUAUGCCCGACUUUGAUCUCAACCUGAAAGGCCCUAAAUUAAAGGGUGAUGUCGAUGUUUCUGUCCCCAAGCUGGAAGGGGACCUGAAGGGCCCUGAAUUGGACAUCAAAGGCCCCAAAGUCGAUGUCAACCUCCCCGAUGUGGAACUGGAGUGUCCUCAGGGGAAACUGAAAGGCCCCAACUUCAAGAUGCCAGAAAUGCACAUCAAAGCCCCCAAAAUCUCCAUGCCCGACAUCGACCUGAACCUGAAGGGCCCCAAAUUGAAGGGAGAUGUCGAUGUCUCUCUUCCCAAGGUCGAGGGUGACCUGAAAGCUCCAGACAUCGACAUCAAAGGGCCCAAAGUCAAUGUUGAUCUCCCCGAUGUGGAGUUGGAAGGGCCUGAGGGGAAGAUCAAAGGCCCCAAGUUCAAGAUGCCCGAGAUGCAUAUCAAGGCCCCCAAAAUCUCCAUGCCCGAUGUCAACUUUGGCCUGAAGGGCCCCAAGGUCAAGGGUGACGUGGAUGUGUCGGUUCCAAAGCUGGAGGGCCCAGAACUGGACAUCAAAGGCCCCAAAGUGGACAUUGAUGUGCCAGACGUUGACAUUCAUGGGCCUGAGGGAAAAUUCAAGAUGCCCAAAUUCAAGAUGCCCAAAUUUGGUCUGAAGGGAGAAGCUAAAGUCAAGGGUGACAUCGAUGUCUCUGUCCCCAAGCUGGAAGGUGACCUCAAGGGCCCUGAACUGGACAUCAAAGGCCCCAAAGUGGACAUUGAUGCCCCCGAUGUCGACAUUCACGGCCCAGAAGGGAAAAUUAAAAUGCCCAAGUUCAAGAUGCCCAAAUUCGGAUUUUCUGGGCCGAAAGUGGAAGGCCCCGAGGUGGACGUGAACCUCCCUGAUGCUGAGGUCAAUAUUUCAGGUCCAAAAGUUGAUGUUUCCGUCCCGGAGCUGGAGAUUGAAGGCCCCGACCGCAAACUGAAGGGUCCCAAGUUCAAGAAGCCGGAGCUGCAGUUCAACGUGCCCAAGAUCUCCAUGCCUGACAUCGAUCUGAACCUGAAGGGCCCCAAACUGAAAGGAGACCUUGAUGCUUCUCUUCCCAAGGUCGAGGGGGAACUGAAAGGCCCCAAACUGGACAUCAGGGGGCCGGAGCUUGAGCUGGAGGGGCCCAAGAUUGACCUCGAAGGAAAAGCGAAAAAAUCCAGGUUUAAACUUCCCAAGUUUGGCUUUUCUGGCCCAAAGGUUCAAAGCCCUGAGGUGGAUGUGAAGCUUAAGAAGCCUGAGGUGGAACUGUCUGGCCCGAAGGUCGAGGUCCAGGCUCCAGAUUUGGAUAUCCAGGGAAAAUCCAAGGGCUCCAAAUUCAAAAUGCCUUUUCUGAACAUUUCUUCACCCAAAGUCUCGAUGCCGGAUGUGGAGCUGAACCUGAAGGGGCACAAAAUGAAAGGGGAGUUUGACCUGUCCACCCCCAAACUGGAAGGGGAGCUCAAAGGUCCAGAGCUGGACAUCAAGGGCCCCAAGGUCAACAUCGAGGCCCCUGACGUGGACGUUCACGGCCCGGAGGGGAAAAUCAAAAUGCCCAAGUUCAAAAUGCCCAAAUUCGGUGUUCCUGGGUUUAAAGGAGAGGGGCCAGAGGUGGAUGUGAACCUGCCCACGGGAGAACUGGACAUGUCUGGUCCUAAAGUGGACAUUGAAGGUCCCGAGGUGGACAUCGAGGGGCCCGAGGGGAAGAUCAAAGGCCCCAAGUUCAAGAUGCCUGAAAUGAACAUCAAGGCCCCCAAAAUCUCCAUGCCUGACAUCGACCUCAACCUCAAAGGCCCCAAGGUCAAGGGGGAUGUGGACGUGUCCCUGCCCCAGGUGGAUCUGAAGGGACCCAAGGUGGACGUGGAAGUUCCUGACCUUGAUGUGGAAGGUCCGAAAGGGAAAAUCAAAGGCCCCAAAUUUAAAAUGCCUGAAAUGAACAUCAAAGCUCCCAACCUCUCCAUGCCCGACCUGGACCUCAACCUGAAAGGUCCCAAGGUCAAAGGGGGGGUGGAUGUCGAUCUGUCUGCACCAAAAAUUGAAGGGGACCUGAGCUUGCCAGAUGUUGACAUCAAAGGCCCCAAAGUCGAUGUUGAUCUCCCCGACGUGGAGUUGGAAGGNCCUGAGGGGAAGAUCAAAGGCCCCAAGUUCAAGAUGCCUGAGAUGCACAUCAAGGCCCCCAAAAUCUCCAUGCCUGACGUCGACUUCAACCUCAAAGGCCCCAAGGUCAAGGGGGACAUCGAUGUCUCUGUCCCCAAGCUGGAAGGUGACCUCAAAGGCCCCAAAGUGGACAUUCAAGUUCCUGAUGUGACCAUGGAAGGGCCCACGAUCAAGAUGCCCGAAAUUUCCGUCCAGACUCCGCAAAUUUCCACGCCCGACAUCGACCUGAAUCUGAAGGGCCUGAAAGUCAAAGGUGAUGCUGAUCUGCACGGCCCCAAGCUCGAGGGGGAUCUGAAGGGCCCCAAAGUCAAUAUCGAGGGCCCAGCGAUUGAUGUUGAUGGUCUGGAGGGGAAAGUGAAGCUGCCCAAAAUGAAAAUCCCCAAAUUUGGUUUUAAAGGGGAAGGGCCCGAGGUGGAUGUGAACUUGCCCAAGGCCGAGGUGGAUCUGUCUGGCCCCAAGGUUGAUCUCGGCCUGCCAGAGGUCAACGUCGAAGGUGUGGAGGGCAAAGUGAAAGGUCCGAAACUGAAAAUGCCUGAAAUGCAUGUGAGUGUCCCCAAAAUCUCCAUGCCUGAGAUAGACUUGAACUUGAAAGGCCACAAAACCAAGGGCGGCUUUGAUGUUUCCACCCCGAAGGUGGAAGGUCACCUGAAGGGUCCCGAGGUCGACCUCAAAGGCCCCGAAUUUGGGGUCAAAGGCCCCGAAGUUGAUGUCGAAUGUCCUGACAUCAACAUUGAGGGCCCGGAAGCCAACAUCAAAGGUCCCAAGUUCAAAAAAUCCAAAUUUGGGUUCGGGAUGAAAAGUCCCAAGGCAGAGGUUUUACCUGAUUUACCUGAGGUGGAGCUGAAUGUGGAGUCACCUGAGGCCCACCUGUCCGGGAAGGGGAAGAAGAGCAAGUUCAAGAUGCCCAAAAUCCACAUGAGCGGCCCCAAGGUGAAGGGGAAGAAGGGGGCGUUCGAGGUGACCGCGCCGGGGGCGGAGCUGGACGCUGAGCUCAACGUCCCCAGCCCUGACAUCUCUGCCACAAAGUCCCCGAAGGGCAAGAAACACAUGUUCGGGAAGAUCUCCUUCCCAGACGUGGAAUUCGACCUCAAAUCGCACAAAUUCCGCGGGGAGGCCUCACCGGGGCUCCCGAAAGUUGAGGGCGACCUCAAGGGCCCGAGCCUCAAUGUGGAUGUUGAAGGUCCUGAUGUGAACCUGAAAAGCCCCAAAUUGAAACUCCCCGGGGUCCAGGUGGGCACGGGGGACGUGAAAAUCGGGGGGGACCUGAAGGGCCCCGGGGUCGACGUCGCCGUCCCCUCGGUGGCGGCGCCGGACAUUGACGUCGCCGUGAAAGGACCAAAAGUUAAAGGUGAAGUUGGCGUUGCUGGAGCACAACUGGAAGGUCCCGAGGUGAAACUGGGAUGGCCCAAGGGGGGGGAAACAGGUUUAGAGCUGGAAAUGCCGGAUGUGAGCACGGCCGUGGAUGUGAAGCUCAAAGGGCCCCAAAUCUCCAGGCCUGAGUUGGAGGGGAACCUGAAAGGACCAAAAUUAAAGGGAGAUUUGGACAUUUCGGGCUCUGCCCAAGGGCCCGGCGUCACCCUAGAGGCGCCCGGCCUGGACCUCGGCGGCCUGGGGGGGAAGGUGAAGCUGCCCACGGUGAAAUCCCCGACGCUGGAGGUCCAGGGGGGCGUCCCCUGCUCCGUCCAGUCCCCAGGGGCCACCCUGGACCUCCAGGGCCCCUCGCUGGACGUCUCCGGCCCAGAUUUGGAUGUCCACCUGAAAGGACCAAAGCUGAAAGGAGAUGCCGGCCUCAAAACCCCGCAGGUGUCGGCGGACGACUCUGGCUUCGAAAUUUUGGGGGGCACCAUUAAACUCCCGUCCCUGAAGCUGCCCCAGUUCAGCAUCUCCAGCCCCAGCGUGGACGGAGGGGACGCGAGGGUCACUCUGGAGGGCCCCCAGGUCAAGGGGGGGCUGAAGGGCUCCGAUUUGGGGCUGGAAGGUCCCGAGGUGGAGCUGAAAGGGCCGAAAAUCUCCACGCCGGACGUUGACCUGAGGCUGAAAGGACCAAACGUUGACGUGGCCGGUGACAUCAAAGGGUCAAAGGUCAGCGUGGAAGCCCCUCGGGGAGGGGUCGGUGCCCACCUGGAGGCUCCAACCCUGGAAGCGUCCGGCUCAGGACUGAACGUCAACGUGAAGGGGCCGAAGGUCAAAGGCGCGGCCGAGGUCAGCGCUGCUUCCGGAACCUUCCACGCCACCGGCCCCAAGGUGGCCACCGAGGGCGGCCAGGUCAAAGUGUCCUUCCCCAAGCUGAGGAUGCCAAAAUUCGUCUUCUCGGAGCCCGAGGCCAAGGGCCGUGAGGUUGGGGUGGACGUCGACUUCCCCGGCGCUGACGUGGCCGAGCCGGAGCCGGAUGAGGCUGAGGCCAGGCUGAAGAAAUCCAAGCUCAAGAUGCCCAAAUUCAACUUCUCCAAGCAGAAAGGGCGCAGCGGCACCCCGGGGUCCCCCGAGGCGUCGGGCUCGGUGUCCGGCUCCAAGGGCGACCUGAAGAGCUCCAAGGUGAGCCUGGGCUCGGCCGAGGGCGAGCUGGAGGCCGAGGCGCCGGCGGCCAAAGCCAAAUUCUCGCUGUUCCGCACCAAGAAAGCGCGGCCGCGCUCGUCGUCCUUCAGCGACGAGCACGCGGCCGAGCCGGACGCCGCCUCCCGGCAACCCAAGAGCAAAUUCGGGACCUUCGGGGGCAUCGGCUCCAAGGCCAAGGGGUGCUACGAGGUGACGGCCGGUGACGAGGACGGGGGGCGGGAGCCGGGGUCCCCCAAAUCCCCCCUGGCCUCGUCCGGCGAGGGCGGCGCCCGGGGGGGGCUCCGCGUGCCCGGCCUGGAGCUGUCGGUGACCACCAAGCGCAAGGAGUGA